AUGAAGGCUGCUCUCCCCUUCCUUCUCCCCUUAUUUGGGCUCUUGGCCUUGGGGAGGAUUCAGUGCAUCCUGGACACGGCCGUGGACCAGAAAGUCCAAGAGAGCGUCAGCUCCCUCGGUAAUGACCCUUCCCUCAACGUCAGCCUUGUCUGCACUAGUGUCUUAUCUCAAGGAGCCCUGGUGACAUGCCCUUCAGGCCAUUACAUAGCCACGGCCUGUUUCUGUGGCUCGGCUUGUGGCUCGUGGGACAUCUGCUCAGACACCGUCUGUCACUGUCAGUGCAGUGGGAUCGACUGGACCUCUGCCCGCUGCUGCCAGGCGGGGACCACCUGA